AUGAGCUCUUCUAAUACUACCGGUACCAAGAACAAUACCAACAUUCCUGAUCGGUUUGUAUGUCCUUUGACACUUGAACUGAUGAAGUAUCCUUAUCAAGAUGCAGUUUCUGGCAACACGUUUGAACGCACUGCCAUUCUGGAAUGGAUGCUCAACUGCGAUGAAGAGCAAGAUCAAGUUCCCACUUGUCCUUUGACUCGUCAGCCGUUGGAUCCUUCCAACUUUCGUCCUAACAAUGAACUCUUGAUGGAAAUCUAUGAAUGGAAAAGGCAACACAACUUGCUCACCAAGGCAGACAGCGUUAGACAACUUCAGAGUGAUCAACUAGAUCAAGAGCAAUGCCCCAACAAGAGAAAGGUGGUCCACUUUAGUUCUGCUGCUCCCACGGUAGUGGCGCCAGAGGGACAAGAAGAUCCCAAUGACUUGACUAGCCUGUCUCAAAAGAUCCUUCAAAGAAGACAAGAAAAGGCCAAGCAGUUCGUGGCCAGGCAGCAGCACACCAGCAGAGCUCCACAGCCACAUGCGGCAUUGUCCAGAGUUCCCAGUUACAUGCAACUAUACAUGUAACUACAAUAACUAGCUAGAGACUUUAACUACACGAUAAAACAUUGAUUCAUAAAGCU